AUGUUCUGCCUCCGAAGCUGGCUCCCGCUCCUCUUCAUCCCGACAAACGCCUCGCCCGCCUUCAUCCUCCUCUUCUUCAUCUGCACCUACUUCCUCAACCGCCCCUGCGUCUACUGCUCCGUCCUCCUCCUCAUCCUCUUCCUCACCUCGUGCAACUGGUCCGACCGCUGCUUCUUCGACCUCAGCAGCAACUGGUUCCUCCCUCGGCCUUCGUCCCUCCCGCUCCCCGUCAACGAUCAAGACUCGCACGCCCUCGCCCUCGCCUUCAACGACACCCUCGUCGACAUGGUCAAUUCUACAGCUAAAGCCGCUGCUCGCGCUGCUGCGGAGGAGAUUGCCGUGUUGCGAAAUGAGUGGACUGGCUUGGGGGUUGAGUGGCUGCGUAACUUGCUGGGCAAGCGGGAGUGGAGGAUCGACUGCAUGGAUAUUUACAUCAGGUUGUAA